GGGCUAGUACAGGGGGAAGGUCACUCUGGUCCUGCGACUUUUGGUCUUUUUCGUUAAAACCUGAGCAUCUUUGCCCAGAUUCCUACAUAUAGGAAGCCCGGGGGUCUCGACGGACCUUGAAUUCCCCAAACCCUCGUUUCCAACAACGGUCCUUCUGCCUGUGAGUGUGGUGAAAUCAAGGCCUAUUCUCAAGAUGCAGGUGUGAUUCCUCAACAUAAAGUCACCUGAGAAAACAUCCCAGAACUGGAGGAGGAAGAGGACACAAUGGCUGCUUCUCAGCAGGGACUCCUGACAUUCAGUGAUGUGGCCAUAGAAUUCUCUCAGGAGGAGUGGGCUUGCCUGGACCCAGCUCAGCGGAAACUGUACAUGGACGUGAUGUUGCAGAACUAUAGGAACCUGGUAUUCUUGGGUCUUCCUGUGUCUACACCAGAUCUUCUUACCUUUUUGGAUCAGAUGGAGGAACCCUGCGAGUUGAAGAGAGAAAACACAAUAUCCAUCCACCCAGGUGAUGUAUCAGUGAAAAUUCUGCUGCGUAUGAUGUCCGAAAUUGCCAGUACUGCAUUUAUUUACAUCGCCAUCUUCACCUGA